UUGAUACAGGUGUUGGUGAGUUCCACCUGCACCAAUGACAGGAAACAAUGGCACCUGCUGACGAUGACAGUACCCUGGAGCAGGAGCUACAGGUGCUGUUUAAGAAGUUAAGAGUGGACCUGGAUGGGAAAGCUGUGGGGAUCACACCAUUGAAUCAUGACCCAGAACAGGAUGAAAGGAGAACCAGAAAGACAAAGGGGACUUCUAGACACAACAGUGGAAGAAAAUGCCUCCCAUCUCGACCUCAGAGUCAUAGAAUGGAGCCGUACCCUUCAGAUGGGUUAGACGUACAAGUCCUGAGGAAGCUGAGAAUUUCCUCAUCACAGGAGGCACACAGAAGGACUUCAGGGAGCAAAGAUGAUAAUGUCAACAGCAAAGAGGGUCUAAAGCUUGCAGGUUGUGUGAAAGUAAAGGAUACCUGUAGCGUAGAGUCCAAUACUGUGCCUAAAACAGAGAUAAAGUUUUUGAGUCUAGAGAAGCCUAACUGUGAAAUAGGAGAGAAAGUUAGAAGUUGUUCAUCAAAAAGCCUGAAGGUAGAGGAAGGCAAGGAUAAAGCUGCUGUUAAACCAUCCUUCAAGACUUCUGCCAAGGUACUCAAUUUUGAAAGAUUGGUGAAGGAACACAAGUGUAAAGAGGCCUCAUGCCUCUGCAAGUGUAAGGCCUCUCCAUCGGUGUCAAGAAAGGACAAGCAGUCGUUCAGGGAACAUCGAGAGCUUGCUGUGAGGAAGCACCUGCCGGAGUGGCAUCGGAAAGACAGUUCUUGGUUGGUGGAAAACCUGAAGAAGAAAGGGCAUGUUGAUAAGACCACAGCACAGCGAGCUAACAGCAAGGAGCUGUCAUCCUACACAAAAACUAAGCACAAACUGGAACGGUCUUGUUCACAGGAGGCAAGGCUAGAUGAUACCUCCAUAGAGGACCUGGCUGGAUACUUUGAUCAGCUGGUUUACAUCCCAAAGAAAAUGUCAGCAAUGGCAGAAAUGAUGUAUACAUGACACUACUGAUUAUAUUGAGAACUGCAUUGGUCUCAGAUCUGGGCUUUGGUGAAAGAAAGCUAUGAGUUGCAUGCAACAAAAGACUAUCAAAGUAAACAUUUGAUAUUUAAUAUAUAACCUAUCUUACAUGAUAUUGUAUGAUAACAAAGGUUUGCUGAAGGGCUUCAUAACAAUAAAAAUGUUUAUAUCAAAGUAGUUCUUACUGAUGCCCACACCUAAAAUGAGAAUAGCACAAAAGUACUACCAUGUGUUAGUAGAUUGUAGGAGGAUUGUUUGAAUAUUUAGAUGCAAAAUUAUGUCUUUCCAUGUUGGAGUUGUCACUUUUAACAGAACACUGCAUUUGUGCUGAAGGGUUAACCAGAUAAUGCGGUGUGAGGAAAGUUUUUCAGUAUUGGAAUAUAAGUUGCUCAGCUUGUCGAUAAAUUGAUAUGAAAUACUGAUACGCAAUGAUGUGGGAAGUAAAGAUCUGUGAUGGCCCUACCAAUAGAAAUCCUGGCGCUAACUUUUAGAUACAAGGAGAAGGUGGUUAGUUUAACAUAUUACAGAGUUCCUUUUCAAUUAUAGUGACUAUGCCAGUCAUUGAUUUGGGUCAGGUGUCAAUCUCAAAUGUAUAUUUACAUGUAGAGUUUGAUGAUGCCUUACAUUAGCUAUAGCCUGGGUGCUAUCCUCUGUAGUUACCACGUACAGGCUCACCCUUUUUGCUCGCUACCACUGGGUUGCAAUGUAGGGUUAAUGAAUACUAGUAAGUUGUAGACUACUGAGUAUCAAAAUUCCUGUUUGAAUAGGUAUGACUUUGAAUGAGGUAAAGCUGUUACAUACCAGUUAUUUAAAGUGUUCCUGAUGGCACUAUAUUUAAGACAACCGAGGCCAGAUCAUGUUAGAUUGUUGGUACAUUGUGUACAUUGUAUUACAAGAUGUGCCAUUAAAUUAUUACAACCAUA